AGGAUAGUCAUGUGAUAUCACAGGAAGAAAUGAAGAAACUGCAGGUCCUAAAAGCAGUUGAAAUCAACUGCCUACAGAAGCGGAUCUGAGCUGAGCUGAACUGAACAGAACCAAAACCGGCCGUAUUUCUGCAUUCGUCUCGAAAUACUCUCCCUUCCAGCAUGGCCUGGACGAAAUACCAGCUCUUACUAGCCGCAAUGAUGCUUAUCACCGGCUCAAUCAACACAUUAUCUGCAAAAUGGGCAGACACCUUCUCAGCUCAGGGAUGUGGUGGAUCCCCAAAGCACACGUUCUCACAUCCCUUCCUGCAGGCUGUUGGCAUGUUUCUGGGUGAGCUCAGUUGCCUAGCGCUGUUCUACAUCCUUGUCUGUCACGACAGACGGAGCCCCGAACCAAGGAUGAAUGCUAACCAGUCCUUUAACCCCCUCCUUUUUUUCCCGCCUGCAAUGUGUGACAUGACAGCCACCUCCAUCAUGUAUGUUGCGCUCAACAUGACCAGUGCCUCCAGCUUCCAGAUGCUGCGAGGAGCAGUGAUCAUCUUCACCGGGCUGCUGUCAGUAGCGUUCCUGGGCCGCAAGCUAUUGGCCAGCCAGUGGAUCGGCAUCGUUGUCACCAUCGCGGGCCUGGUUGUGGUGGGUCUGGCGGACUUUGUCAGUGGAGAAAAGGAUGAAAGUCACAAGCUCAGUGAAGUCAUUACAGGUGACCUCCUUAUUAUCAUGGCGCAGAUCAUAGUCUCUGUGCAGAUGGUACUGGAGGAGAAGUUUGUUUACAAGCACGACGUCCACCCACUCCGGGCUGUUGGCACAGAAGGUUUCUUUGGGUUUGUUGUCCUUUCUCUCUUGCUGAUCCCCAUGUACUUCAUCCCUGUGGGCAACUUCGGCGACAACCCCAGGCAGGUCCUGGAAGAUGCACUGGAUGCAUUUUGCCAGAUGGGCAACCAGCCACUAAUUGUCCUGGCCAUCAUUGGGAACAUUGUUAGUAUUGCCUUCUUCAACUUUGCAGGGAUCAGCGUCACCAAGGAAAUUAGCGCUACCACUCGCAUGGUACUUGACAGCCUGCGGACUAUUGUUAUCUGGGUUGUGAGUCUGGCUGUGGGCUGGGAGCACUUCCAUGGGCUUCAGGUCCUGGGAUUUAUUAUCCUCCUCACAGGGGCAGCUCUGUAUAAUGGACUCCACAAGCCCCUCAUGGCCAGAAUCCCCUGGUGCGCCCGUUUUCAGGAGAGAAGCGCUGAAACUGAGAGGCUCUAUUCUGAAAGCAUAUUAUCAGUCAAUGAGGGCCAUUAACCUUUUCAUUUCUUUCAAAUUCUUUUUUUUUUGGAAUGUGGUGGUGGUACUUCAUUUGUCAGAAUAUACUGGAAAACAGAAAACCAUAUCUAAUUAUGUUUUGAAUGUGGCACAGUAGUGACACAUUUAGAAUUUCUGUUUUUCACAUCAUUUUACGUUUAUUUUUAGAAUAUACUGGAAAAGAGAAAACCUGUGUGGUCUGCUGGUGUAGGUCAUGUUAUAUAACAGUUUCAAACUGGAUUACAGAAGAAACUCUAUCCUAAACAGUAGUUCAUCCGUACAUAUUGAUGAACAAGCCUUUAAGGUUCAAAUUGUGUUACAACACUAGUGUUAUUCAGACAAGUGAUUGCUUCGUAUCUUUUUUUUUAUGUGCUCUAAAAAAGUGAUCCCACUUUGUGUUUUUUUUUUCUGCUUUAAAUAUUAGUCAUAAUUCUCAAUAACUUUCGCACUAAAACAAUUAAAAUAUAUUGAAGUUGAUUGUCAUGGUACACAACACAGCAUAAUCUAUUAAAGGCAUUAAAAAUAAUGUAUUUGAGUUGGAGGAACCUACUGUACUUAAAAUAUCUGAUUUUUAGUCUUUUCCAA